AUGCACUAUGGUCCCCCGCCUGAACCCUCUCAACCCCCCUCUGGGCUAUCGACACCAGCAAGUGAACAGAAGCGCUUCUCUGAUCCUCCAACAUCGUGGGACAGUAGGGCUGCUUGGGCGACAGGAGGAUGGACGAGCGAAGGGCUUAUGAAGGGAGAGCAAUUAGCACCUAUACAUUUUGGCGAUGGGCCACCUUGGAGUGAAGACGAGGAUCUGCAAAGUCCUGUUGUGGUCAGUUCACGGCACAGAAAGCAUAAGUCGUCAGGUAGUGGCUUUGGAGGUAGUCAAGGGCGCGGUAGAGGACGUCGAAGAGAAGAUGGUGAGCGCACUACGAGUAUGCUCAGCCAAGAGAAUUUUGAGCAUGAUAGGGGAUACUUCAUGGGCACAAGCGGCGACGGUAGCGAGAGAUACUAUGUGAAUAACGCUGGAGAUGAGGCAGACGGACCUGGAGGAGAAAUCCUUACAUACCCCCCAGAGCAAGCUCGACAUUCGACACUGGCACCUUACAACGUUCCUGGACAACGAGACUCACAUUUUGCUGGAAUGUUACCUAGCAGAUCAUAUACGGACGAGACAGGGCAAGACUAUCGGUCUGAAUCAGAUGCGUCGAGCUCAGCAUCUUCCCCAGGAUUGACACGGCAUGACGAAUCACGAUACUCGCGCGACUACCAAUUCACAAUUGCUUCACCAGAUGAGGAGAUGCAUGGCAAGGCUGUCGCAUUAUUUGACUUUGAGAGGGAGAAUGAGAACGAAUUGCCGUUGGUAGAAGGUCAGGUCAUUUGGGUAUCUUACCGUCAUGGCCAAGGAUGGCUUGUUGCUGAGGAUCCAAAGACACAAGAAAGUGGCCUUGUGCCGGAAGAAUAUGUUCGGUUACUGCGAGACAUUCAAGGAGGUUUGAACAGCUUGACUGGACAAGCAACCGACCAAUUGCUCAGCCCUCUUGCACCAGAUGCUGGAACACCGACCCAAGCUGAACACGGACAGGCCUUUGGACACAAUUCGCAACCCAGCAAUGGGAACAAUGGGUAUCAACAACCUAUCGUUUCCACAUUCUCGACAUCCUCAAAAGAUCUCCAUCCAUAUCCUCAACAUCUGUUAGGAACACAAGCUGGCCAAGCGCCACCCCAGGUCAUACACUAUCAUGGACAACGGGGCGGUAGUCAGGCCAACACACCUACCAUCUCGAGUUCUCUUGAAGGUGCUCGUGACCGAACGAGUAGUCAAGAUUCCAAAGCCCGCAAGACUGAGGACAGCUUGAAUACAACUCCAAUUGCUAUGUUACCAGAUGCCAACGAUUCAACAGAUUCGUCUUUCGAAGGGGAGAAAAGUCCGACGAGGUAA